GGUGGACUAGUUGGAAUGGGCCGAGUCCAUGUUUGAGCCCGUGCUCUGUCAGUUGGGGGAAGAAAAAAUGCUUAAAAAUUAAAUAAAAUAAAGUAGAUCAAAAUCGAAGGCUCGGAGAAGAAGAAGAAGAAGAAGAAAUCGAAUCAAGCGAAAUGAUUAACUUUGUGCUGCUCAUUAGUCGUCAAGGGAAGGUCAGGCUCACAAAAUGGUAUUCACCUUACACUCAGAAGGAAAGAAAUAAGAUAAUCCGUGAGCUCAGUGGAAUGGUUCUUAGCCGUGCACCUAAGCUCUGUAACUUUGUAGAGUGGAGAGGACAGAAAGUUGUUUAUAAGAGGUAUGCUAGCCUAUAUUUCUGCAUGUGUAUUGAUGAAGAGGACAACGAGCUAGAAGUCCUUGAAAUGAUUCAUCAUUUUGUGGAGAUUCUCGAUCGGUACUUUGGCAGUGUCUGUGAACUGGACUUGAUAUUCAACUUCCAUAAGGCCUACUAUAUACUAGAUGAACUUCUAAUUGCUGGUGAGCUUCAGGAAUCGAGCAAAAAAACUAUUGCCCGGUUGAUUGCUGCACAGGAUUCAUUGGUGGAGACUGCUAAGGAGGAGGCCAGUUCAUUAAGUAAUAUAAUCGCACAAGCAACUAAGUGAGAGAUACAGUGUUACAAUUGCUGGCAUUUUGUGUAAUGAAGAAAUGUUUGGCAUGAUCAAGGUGUGGAUCUUUCCUGUUAAUAUUGGUCAUGUCUAUCUCCAAAUUUUAUUGUUUUCAAGUUGAAUUUGUACAAUAGAAAAGAAAGACAAAAACUAGGUCUCAACAGUAACAUUUUAUCUUCUUGAUUGGAGUUGCAAUUCGAUCGUUGGAUGUUUCAACUUUCAAGUCUGGGUGUGUGAACUGUUUUUACCCAUAUUGAUCUAUUUGCUUGAGGAAUACUUUUACCUCUGCUUUGAGCUUGGAUUUCAGUAGUGCUGAUUAAUUUUA